AUGGCAAACUCUACGACUCGGGCCAAAGGCCAAGGUAUUCUGCAGGGAGGAAACCCCUCACAGUAUGACUCUUCCAACCCCAUCGUGAUGUUUAUCAUUCAGGCGGGCAUUAUUAUCAUUUUGUGCCGCCUGGUUCACUGGCCGCUAUCCAAGAUCCGUCAGCCCAAGGUCAUUGCAGAGGUCAUAAGUGGGAUUAUACUGGGUCCGUCAGUGAUGGGCCAUAUCCCCGGGUUCACCGAUACCAUCUUCCCUACCGCCAGCCUGCCUAGUCUGAGCGUCGUGGCGAACCUCGGGCUUAUUCUCUUUUUGUUUUUGGUGGGGCUGGAGACGGACCUGCGUUUUCUCAUCAGUAACUGGCGGGUCGCGUUGAGCGUCUCUGCGGCAGGAAUGAUUCUUCCAUUUGGACUCGGCUGCGCGAUCUCCUAUGGGCUUUACAACCAGUUCCACGAUGAUGCUGGGACGGUCCCCGUGAAGUUUGGCACUUUCAUGCUCUUCAUCGGUAUUGCCAUGGCCAUCACGGCGUUCCCUGUCCUAUGUCGCAUUUUGACAGACUUGAAGCUCCUUGGCACUCGGGUUGGUAUCAUUGUGCUGUCAGCUGGUGUGGGGAAUGAUGUAGUUGGCUGGAUCCUCCUUGCCCUUUGUGUGGCCCUGGUCAAUGCGGGAAGUGGAAUCACAGCGCUCUAUGUUCUUCUCGUAGCGGCGGGAUACGUGCUGUUCUUGACCUUCGUGUUCCGACCGUUUUUCAUACGCUUCCUUGAACGAACCGGAAGUCUGCAGAAAGGCCCUAGUCAAUCCGUCGUGAUGUUGACUUUGCUGAUUGCGUUGGCGUCGGCGUUCUUCACUCAAGUGAUUGGAAUCCAUGCAAUCUUUGGGGGCUUUCUCAUUGGCUUAAUCUGUCCUCAUGAAGGGGGUUUUGCUAUUAAACUGACCGAAAAGAUUGAGGACUUGGUGGCCGCACUGUUCUUACCAUUGUACUUUACAUUAUCCGGUCUCAGCACCAAUUUGGGCUUGUUGGAUAACGGGACUGUCUGGGGUUAUGUGGUUGGCAUUAUUGCCAUUGCCUUCACGGCCAAGGUCGCUGGUGGUGCGAUCGCUUCUCGCUUCUGUGGGAUGCUAUGGCGUGAAAGCUUUGCCAUUGGUGUUUUGAUGAGUUGUAAGGGGCUGGUAGAGCUGAUUGUGUUGAAUAUUGGCCUCCAAGCCAAAAUCUUGAGCACACGCACAUUCACCAUGUUUGUUGUCAUGGCACUUGUCACCACGUUUAUGACCACCCCUUUAACUGUUUCCCUCUAUCCAAAUUGGUAUCAGGUCAAGGUUGCCCGUUGGCGACGGGGAGAAAUCAACUGGAAUGACGAGCCUUUGCAGCAAGACGGUCGUUCAGACAGUAUUUCUGCUGUCAAAGAACAGGUCAAGACUGUACCGGUGCGGAAGCUUCUGGUCUAUCUUCGCCUUGAUGGUCUUUCUGGGAUUUGCACAUUGGCUGCUCUCAUGAGCCCCAACCGUGGAGCUUUGCCCAUGCCUCGGGUGCACCCAACAAAGACACCCAAACAAACAGAUCAGACCGUGGAGGAUGCAGUUGCGCCAGGAGAUGAUGAAACGACAGCUCUUCGAGUGCAUGGCGUUCGUCUGAUGGAGCUGACAGAUCGUGACUCCAGUGUGAUGAAGGUUUCGGCUGGAGAACAUGCACUAUGGGACCCCGUUGUCAAUACCUUCCGCGCAUUUGGCGAGUGGCACGAUAUUUCUCUUAUGGCCGGUGUAUCGGUAGUCCCCGAGUACAGUUACGCCGAUACUGUGGUGAACAUGGCCCACCAAGACACAUCAGACCUCCUUCUCUUGCCAUGGAGUGAAACUGGAACACUAGCCGAUCGCCAAAAUGGUCUUGAGGUCAAUACAGCCGGUCGCUUCGCCAAUUCCGAGUAUGCAAGCUUCGUGUCGGAUAUCCUAGACCGAGUCACUGGCCAUGUAGGCAUCUUGAUCGAUCACAACCCGGAAAUCUCCAAGCGAUCCACAACCCAGCGCUCACCUAGUGGACUAACCAUCCAAGGCACCACAUGGACUCAACCAUCGACGGGAAGUCGUUCUCACCACGUUGUGCUCCCCUUCUUUGGUGGCGAGGAUGACCGGUUCGCUCUACGAUUUGUCCUCCAAUUGGCUCAGAAUGAUCACGUCACAGUCACUGUUAUCCAGGCGGUGGGCUCACAACCAGACACAUCCAGAGCCACAAGAUCGAGUACCCCGACAGAUCUUAUUUUCUUCGAGACGCUUCGUGAUUCCAUUCCAUCAAAUCUCCAAGAACGCGUGGUUUUUCAGACACCGAUGGUGCAGGGCACCAUCAGUGACCCGGCCCAGUUCGCCCUUACUGCUGUUCGGGCUGAGUUAGAGCGAAUUUCUCAUAGACCUGGUAGUAUUGUCGUUGUCGGGCGCCGUAGUAACGCUUUAGAAGCAGAUAUUGACAUCGACCCGGAGGAAAGUGUUGGUACCCGCAGUCGUUACGCGCUGGGAAGAUUUGGGUCCGUGAUGGUGCAGCUGGAGAACAAGGUGGUUGGCAGUGUAUUGAUCCUGCAAGCUGGUACUAAUACUCUGCUCGACAGUCAUUAA